AUGGCGACACCAAUGAACAAAAUGAAGCAACGAGGCUCUCGUAGGAAGCAACCGGAAGAAGGUUCGAUGGAAUUCUUUGAAGUACCAAGCGGAUUUGAAUUUUCCAAACCGCCAUCGUCAUCAACCAAACGCAGGAGCUAUGCUCCUCCACCUUCUACAGGACCUGCAUCGGUGCCAAGACAACCAACUGCAUCAGAAGCAGCCUUAUCCGCCAAGAAUAUUCGGUUUGCAAAAGAACUUAGCGAUUUGCGAGUCCGUCAUCGUGAAGAGUGCCAGAAGAGCGCUCGAUUGACCAUGGAAAAUAUGAGUUUGGCGUCAAGAUGCCGGGAAGCAAUCAGUCAUGUUGCCAUUCUACAGCGCGAAUUGAUGAUGUACCAGCAACGAGAUUGCGAAGCGCUAGCAUUGCAACGGCGGCAGACACAAAGAAUCGCUAGUAAUUUAUCAGAACGGAUGCAAUUUGAUAUCAAUGACAGGGAUGCUCUUCCCAUUCCACCAAAGAAAUCAGUGUCCCCAAUGCCUGUGUCAUUGAGUCAGCCUCGAAUCAUUGAACAGACUACGACUUCUUCAACUUCUCCAGAAUCGCGCCUGUCAUCAUCGACUGCUGGCUCUUCCGCAAUGGAACUUGCUGUAUCCUCCUCCGACGAAGAUACUUUGGAAAACAGUCGAGAGGAGUCCUUCCAAUCUUCCUUUGUGUCCACUUCUACGUCUCCGGAUGUCUCUCACAAUGACAGUAACAGCAGCUACGUAUUGACUCCAUCACCAAACUCUCAGUAUUCAACGCCAAACAAGAGGGACACACCUCUCCACACUUCACCAACUCGCCAUGAUGUCAACAGUCCGAUGCAACACCUACGAUUGUCAAAUUCCACCUCCCCAGCUCGAAUUCCAGUAUCACCGACAAAGUCUCCUGGGCGCCGUGAUGUUUUCGAAGCUUCCUUUGCAACCACCUUUCCACGCAACUUUGAUGAUUCACCAGGAGCAGAGGAUGAAUCUCAGAGUUCCACCAAGGCCGAUGUUUACGACCCUUUUUCGUCCUUUUCAAGUCCCAAUGCAACAGCAACGGUUGUCAAGCACACUCAACUAGGACAUACGCAACGAGGGCCCUCGCCUGAUUUGCAUCAAGUGCUGACAAAGACACCAAGCAAUGACAAACUCGAGAGACCCUCAAUUGCAGCGAUGGUAUCUUGGGAAGACGACGACGUCAGCAGUCCCAGCUCCUUCAGCACACCACCAAGACGACGGCCAGAAGACGAAUCAGAUGGAGACGGGGCACCAAAGCCUCCUGUCAAGACUCCAUCUGCUGAAGUGCGAGCCAAAUAUGAUAAUGCAAUGAGAGUUCCUUCCACACCGCCCAGAUGUCGCUCAGGCGAUGAAUCAAGUGAAGACGAGCCACCAAAGCCUCCAUUGAAAACUCCAUCCGCGGAAGCCCGAUCCAAAUAUGAGGUUGCGAUGCAGCCUAGAGCGGCAACGCCUUUCCAUGCUGAACAGAGGGGUCAUCGUCCUUCGCCACUGCUACAACGAAUUCAGCAAAAACGAAAGCAAAAGCAACUGAACCGACAGCAAAGCGAGCCUUCGUCGAUAUUACCAAAGCCUGAUUUUCGUCGAUACAGCAGUGCUCCAGAGUCUCGCACUGUUGCCGAUGGAAGCCCACAAACGAAUGCUGAGAAUCGAGAUGACAGAAGCCUAGUCAAUGAGGAAACUACCCCUCAAAUUGCUUCAUCAGUACCCUCGAGUCGACGUCGCGGCGUAAAACAACCAGUGUCCUAUGCUGAGCCUGCCUUAAACACCAAGAUUCGAAAGGGACACGUCUUUUUCCAGAAGGAUGAUGUCAAUCAACAUCAUCUGUAG